UUAACUCUGUUCAUGGUUUUGGGUCAGAUAGAGACAUUUUGAAAUCAAUUUUUCUCUCUCUCCCUCUUCUUGGCAGCCACAGUUUUAGCAGAACCUCAGGGUCAAACUAAAACAUCAUCUAUAUACCAAGAGUUAUAAAAAAAGGAGGAAGAGAGCACAUUACAGAGAGAGUCAGAGAAACUUUGGAUCAGUGUAGGUCUGAAAAGUGCUGUGGUUUGAAAGGAAAAUCUCUAUCCUUCCCUCUUAAGGUCGAUCAAAAUCAGAUUCAAGAAUAAGAGGUGACUUUCAAAACAGAAGGAAGCAAUGUAUCACAACAACAACAUCAACCCUUGGAAUUCUCAACAACAACAACAACGGUCUAUAUUGGAAAAGCCUCCACAAAGGACAUCCUUGGAAAAUGAUUUGGAAAGGAACAAAGAUUGUGAAUCUUCCAGUAAUCAAAUGAAAGUUCCUCGUUCCAUUGAUCAAGAUCCCGACAAACAAUCCGGAAAGAAGCGUUACCAUCGACACACGAAUGAACAGAUAAUGGAGAUGGAAUGUUUCUUUAAGGAGUGUCCUCAUCCAGAUGACAAACAAAGGAGAGAGCUCAGCAGAGAGCUGCGGUUGAAUCCCUUGCAGGUCAAGUUCUGGUUCCAAAACAAGCGUACCCAAAUUAAGUCUCAACAUGAACGCCACGAGAACAAUCUUUUAAAGGCUGAGAAUGACAAGCUUCGUGAAGAGAACACCAGGUACAAGGAGGCACUGAAUAAUGCUUCUUGCCCUAGUUGUGGAGGCCUCGGUGGAGAAAUGUCCUUUGACGAGCAACCGCUGCGGGUUGAGAAUAUGCGGUUGAGAGAAGAGAUUGAAAAGAUGUCAGCAAUGGUACCCAGAUUUGCGGUAAAACCUGGGAGUUUCUACCAUAACAUGUCAUCUCAAAACCAGAUGAUGCCUCCUCGGUCCCUUGAUCAGGGUGUUGGAAACUAUGGAGCACAGACAAUUUUGAUUGGGGAAAUGUUUGGUGGCAAUGAUGAACCCCAUGGGACACUCCCAAUUGCUAAUGAUUUUGAGAAAGACAUUGUUAUGGAGAUUGGUAAUGUAGCAAUGAAGGAAUUCACAAACCUUGCUGAGGCUGGAAACACUUUGUGGCUCCCUGGAACCUGUGGUUGUGAGAUUCUGAACCAGGAUGAAUAUCUGAGGUCUUUCCCUAAGGGAAUAGGUCCAACACCCUUAGACAUAAAAAUCGAAGCUUCAAGGCAUUCUGCAGUGGUCAUCAUGGACUACAACAAACUCGUUGAGAUCUUUAUGGAUGUGAAUCAAUGGGCAAACAUGUUUUGCGGUAUCAUUUCAAGGGCAGCGAUACAUCAAGUUCUGGAAGUUGGCCAAACAGAAAUCUUCGACGGAGCCUGUCAAGUGAUGUCAGCUGAGUUCCAAGUCCCUUCACCGUUUGUUCCUGUUCGUGACGACUACUUUGUGAGGUUCUGUAAGAGAAAAAAUUUAGAAUCAUGGACUAUUGUUGAUUUUUCCGUGGAUCAGCUGCGACCUGAUUCAUUCACAAAAAGCCGAAGACGACCCUCUGGUUGCCUAAUCACAGAAUUGCCAAAUGGUUACUCAAAGAUUGUUUGGAUUGAACAUGUAGAACUGGAAGAUAAUGAAGUAGUGCAUGAUCUUUACAAAAGCUAUGUUAAUUCUGGCCUCGCCUUUGGAGCUAAACGCUGGGUGGCAUCCUUGGAUAGACAAUGCGAGCGUCUUGCAAGUUCAAUGGCCACGAACAUACCCCAUAAGAGCAUUGGUGUGCUAAUGAAUUUUGGGGGACGAAGAAGUAUGAUGAGGCUGGCCGAAAGAAUGAUGUUGAGCUUUUGUACUGCUGUUGGUGCAUCUACUGCAAAUGUUUGGACAUUGUUAACAGUGGCCAGUGAAGAUGUAAGGGUCAUGAGUAGAAAAAGUGUGGAUGAUCCAGGCAGACCUUCCGGUAUUGUGCUCAGUGCUUCAACUUCUUCGUGGCUCCCCAUUCCUUCAAGGACUGUUUUUGAUUUUCUGCGAUCUGAAAACUCAAGAAAUCAGUGGGACAUUCUCUCUAAAGGAGGACAAGUGGAAGAAUUGGCACACAUUGCCAAUGGCCAUGACACUGGAAACUAUGUCUCCUUGCUUCGAGUCAACAUUCCGAAUUGCGGCCAAAGCAAUAUGACUAUGCUUCAAGAGACUUGCACUGAUGCCACAGGGUCGUAUGUUGUGUAUGCUCCUAUUGAUUUAAUUUCCAUGAAUGCUGUGUUGAGAGGUGGAAAUCCUGAUUGUGUUGCCCUGCUACCCUCGGGCUUUGCUGUUCUUCCUGAUGGGCCUGAACCUAUGAACAACGGAGGACCCAUUCGUGAGGUUGGAUCUGGAGGUUGCCUUCUAACGGUGGCAUUUCAGAUAUUGGUUGAUUCUGUCCCAACUGCAAAAAUCUCGGCUACUUCAGUCACCACUGUUAGCAGUUUAAUCAAGUGCAUAGUUGAGCGGAUCCAAGCCGCACUGUGCAGUGGCGGCACUUAAGCGCCGAACCUUCAAAUAAUGUAACUGAUAGAGGAAUAAGGAAGGUGGUCCCAACUUGAUGGUGUUGAGAAGAAGGGAAAGUAUCUUAGAGAACCCUAUCUUCUUUUGCGCAGCUAGUGACUGAUGGGCAUUGACUUCCCCAAAAUGAAAGUAGUUCCGUAUGAUUUAUAGAUGUAAUAAAUAAACCUGGAUUUCUCUUUAUCUGUCUUAAUUUUUGGGCAGAACUUUUAUUGUUGUGCUGUAAACUUGGAUGGUUUUGUUCAAGUUCUUUUCGUUGUUUGACUUCUAAACUUUAUUCAUGUUACUUAUGUGGUUGAGAAAAUCGCUUCAAUGUUGCUAUUGAUGUGUUUGGAAGGAACUUACCUCAA